CUUUAUAUUUUCUCAAGUAGUAAUUAAUUUCAUAUCUUUGUAGGUAGUAAAUCUAUCUAUUUCCAUAAAAUCAUGGUGGCUAAUGGUCAUGAUGAUCUAGAUGUUAAGAAGCAAUCCGAAACACAAGUUAUCAGAAGAGCCCCAACCUCAGAACCUCCAUUUACAUUAGCAGAUAUCAAGAAAGCCAUCCCACCUCAUUGUUUCGAAAGAUCCUUAAUUCGAUCGUUUUCAUAUGUAAUAGCUGACCUUGCGGCAGCCUCUCUUUUUUACUACCUUGCCACGACUUAUAUUCCACAGCUACCGCACCCUCUUCCUUACGUUGCUUGGCCCGUAUAUUGGUACUUUCAAGGAUGUGUGUUUAUGGGUCUGUGGCUUAUCGCUCAUGAAUGCGGUCACCAUGCUUUUAGUGACCAAGUAUGGGUUGAGGACACUGUAGGGUUUAUCAUCCACACAUGCCUUUUAACACCUUAUUAUUCUUGGAAAAUUAGCCACCGUAGGCACCACGCUAACACCGGUUCCCUUGAGCGUGAUGAGCUAUAUGUCCCUAAGACAAAAUCAAAAUUGGGUGCCUCGGCGUUUUACCUAGACAACCCUGUUGGCCGAACUCUAACCCUUUUUGUGAAACUCACAAUAGGUUUCUACAUGUAUUUGACGGUCAAUGCUUCUGGGAGACCUUAUGAUAAAUUUGCAAGCCAUUAUGAUCCAAGAAGCCCGAUUUAUCAAGAAAAUGAGCGGGUCCUGAUUCUGUUUUCUGAUAUCGGGCUAAUUGCCUUUUCUUACAUGCUAUACAAAUUGGCGAUGAUUCAAGGGUUCGGUUGGCUUUUCUGUGUCUAUCUGGGCCCGUUGAUAGUGAGAAACGCGUAUCUUGUUACCAUCACAUACCUUCAACACACUCAUCCUUCUUUGCCCCACUACGACGACUCGGAGUGGAACUGGAUGAAAGGUGCGUUCACGACAGUUGACAGGGAUUACGGAGUUCUAAACAAGGUGUUCCAUAACAUCACGGAUACACAUGUGCUACACCAUUUGUUCUCAUACAUCCCUCAUUAUCAUGCCAUGGAAGCCACCAAUGCCAUCAAACCAAUUCUUGGAGAGUUUUAUCAAAGCGAUAGUACCCCAUAUUACGUGGCGUUAUGGAGAGAAUCAAAGAACUGUAUGUUUGUCGAGCCUGACAAGAGUGACGAUCGGAAAGGAAUUUACUGGUACAGUCGUAAAUACUGAACAAGAGAUCGAUAUGCCUCAUAAGUACUACUGAUCGAAAGAGGCAAUUAAUUAAUGGAAUCCUAUCUUAAUUAUAUUUUAUAUAUAUAUAUAUUUGCUAUGCAUGAUGAAUUAAUAGAUGUUGUGAGCUUAGUUUGUAUGUGUUCUUAUUUUCAAUAUGAUCUAUGUAACUUGUUCAAUUAGGCAAAUGGUAUUAUCAAUAAAAAUCUAUAAUAUGAUUAAAAGUCCUUAAUUAA